UAGAAUUUGUCAGAAAUUUUCUCGCACAAAGCAAAGUGUUUUGGACAAAUGCUACUUUAUUGUCGUGCGAUGUUCUAGCGCAAGUAGAGUCCAUUGAGCUUAUAAAAGUGCGGGGAUCCCGAAUCCGGAGAAUCCAGUGGGGCAGGUAUUGCGCUACAACUCAGGUUCUGCCAGUGAUUUUUCACCAAGGCGUGGACACAGGCGUUCUGGAUCAUCGCGUCUUCGAGCAGGUGAAACAUGAAGAUGGCUGACGGCUCGACCAUAUUGCGUAGGAACCGGCCAGGCACAAAAUCCAAGGACUUCUGUCGCUGGCCCGACGAGCCCCUGGAGGAGAUGGACAGCACGCUGGCGGUGCAACAGUACAUCCAGCAGCUGAUCAAGCGCGACCCGAGCAACGUGGAGCUCAUCCUGACCAUGCCCGAGGCGCAGGACGAGGGCGUGUGGAAGUACGAGCACCUGCGCCAGUUCUGCAUGGAGCUAAACGGCCUGGCCGUGCGGCUGCAGAAGGAGUGCUCCCCGUCGACGUGCACCCAGAUGACGGCCACCGACCAGUGGAUUUUCCUGUGCGCCGCCCACAAGACGCCCAAGGAGUGCCCGGCCAUCGACUACACACGCCACACGCUGGACGGGGCCGCCUGUCUGCUGAACAGCAACAAGUACUUUCCGAGCAGUGUCUCCCACAGGGUGUCCAUCAAGGAGUCGUCGGUGACUAAGCUGGGCUCCGUGUGCCGGCGCGUGUACCGCAUCUUCUCGCACGCCUAUUUUCACCAUCGUCGAAUUUUCGACGAGUUCGAGGCCGAGACGUAUCUGUGCCACCGAUUCACGCAUUUCGUCACAAAGUACAAUUUGAUGUCCAAGGAGAAUCUGAUUGUGCCCAUCAACGUGGGCGAGAACGCGGCUCCGGGAGAGAGCGAGGCCUAGGCGCUCGCCCAGAUGCCCAGAUCAGUCCGGCUCGCAUGGAACACUCAUUCAACAUACAUCUAUUUAUAUUUACCAAUAGCUUGCAGCUUGGGUUGGCUCGCCCUGGCAGAGACACACGGACGGAGCGAACCCGACUCGAAUGCAGAUCUUGUAUGUAGUUUAGAUGUCAGAUACACAUAGAGCUACAUAACGAUUACUAAGUAACAAGGGCAGACCCAGAUAUACGCAGGCCCUCCACCCCGCUCGCCCCAUCUGAUCCUAAGUCAGCAAUUAUUCCGCAAGUUAUAUUACGAUUAUGUUUAACUCCUUAUUUUAAAUAAAUUAUAUGUAGACACACGGCCUUCUUGUGGCCGAACUCACACCAUAACCCCGAAAACCAAAUCCCUCUUGACAACUUGCAGCCAAAUCAUCAACAAAGCUGUACGUGACUAAAACGUGAACUUUACUAUACAAAAUUACUAUAUACACAACAGAAAUUGCAAUAAAAGAAGUACAUACACACACAA